AAGCCGCUGCAGCCGGAAAAGGACCGGCGCCGUACUGGUUGGUCUUCACUCACGUGUUUUAAUCUUGAAGACUUCAAAAUUCAUUUGGAUCUACCACUUUUUUGGAAAACUCCAAUACCAAGCAAUAAAUUAGCAAUUGCCACUCUUGUUACAAUACAGAAGCUCUCUCCAAAUCUAAACAAGAUUGUCUCCCAUUUUCCCAUGAAGCCACAUUGUUGUUUAUUCACUUUAGUGGUGAGUGUUACUGUGCCGGCUGCUUUUGUUUUGGAAGAUGUGGACUUCAACCAAAUGGACCCACUGGGAGCAAAUCAUAGUUCUUUCAAUGUGUCAUUUCCCCCAAGCUUUGAACUCUCAGCAGGCUCCCACUCAGGUGAUGAUGUCAUCAUAGCCAAAGAGGGAGCUAGUGUUUCAAUCGAGUGUCUUCUCUCAGUCAAGCACUAUGAAGAUGUGCGUUGGUACAACUCUAAAGGACACCAGCUGGAUGACAGAGACAGAGGUGGAAAAUGGUUGGUUUCUGAUAACUUCCUGAAUAUCACCAACGUAGCCUUUGAUGACCGUGGGCUCUACACAUGUUUCGUCACCUCUCCAAUUCGUGCCUCCUACUCUGUCACCCUGCGUGUUAUCUUCACCUCGGGAGACAUGAGUGUCUACUACAUGAUCGUUUGCCUGAUUGCCUUUACGAUCACUCUCAUCUUGAAUGUCACACGACUCUGCAUGAUGAGCAGCCAUCUUCGUAAGACCGAAAAGGCUAUCAAUGAAUUCUUCAGAACCGAAGGGGCUGAGAAACUUCAGAAGGCAUUUGAGAUUGCAAAACGCAUCCCCAUCAUCACCUCAGCCAAGACUCUGGAGCUCGCCAAAGUCACACAAUUUAAAACUAUGGAGUUUGCUCGUUACAUAGAAGAACUGGCACGAAGCGUCCCUCUUCCACCACUUAUUCUAAACUGCAGGGCCUUUGUUGAGGAGAUGUUUGAGGCUGUGCGAAUGGAUGACCCUGAUGACAUGGGAGAAAGAAUUAAAGAGAGACCUGCCUUGAAUGCUCAAGGUGGCAUCUAUGUCAUUAACCCAGAGAUGGGACGGAGUAAUUCACCAGGAGGAGAUUCGGACGAUGGUUCACUGAAUGAACAAGGCCAGGAGAUAGCAGUUCAGGUUUCUGUUCAUCUUCAGUCAGAGACCAAAAGUAUUGGUGCAGAUUCUCAAGACAGCAGUCACUUCAGCCCGCCUGAUGAUAUGGGACCUGCUGAGUCGAACUCUAACCACAAAGAUGAGGCAUAUGAAAACUGCCAGCUUUGAGCUCUCCCAAUACCUGCAAAAACUGCUCUCAGAAUAGGAACCUGUUUCAUGCAGGAAAUAACAUUUUUAACAAAAGAUGACCAGGGUUGUCCCCACAUUCCAGUUAAGCACAUCAGAACGUGCAUUAUUGCCAAAAUCUUUGUAAAAAGGCAGCGUUUUCCUGUCUGAUAUUUCUCAGUCAUUAUCCUCCAGCUUGAGUAGAUGAUACACGUGAAAAUUGAAAGGAGCCUCAGAGGUAAACAUAAUGGGAAAAGUGCUGCACCGAGAGUUCCAUGGCUUCUCUGGUCAUUGUUCGCCCAUUGGUUAGGGCUGACACCUUUCUUGAGGCCUCAUUUUCCCUACCAAUAAGAUGAGGUAUUUGCUUUAUGUAAUACCUAAAGGUGUUUCUAGCCUUAUAACUUCUUACCCAUCACCUUUAAUCCACUGAAAUCUUUAGCACGUCUCUGAAUAAGUCCUUCCUUGGACUUUUAGUUCCUUUUUAUGGAAAGGACCAAGCUGAGGCUUUAUUCCAUGAUUUAGAUUUCUAUACCAGUGCCAUAGUGCAUGAAGAUGUGGGUGUUUUCCAGUCAUUUUGCCUUGUGGAAUGUGCAGUUGCAUGUACUAGGUUGAAUCUCUUCAGUGUAGCCCAUGUCUAUAUCGUUACAGAGAUAUUAGGGAGCUAACUACUCAUUAGUAAACUACUUCCCAUGAGUAAUUGGUCCAUUGGGGGAUGUAUUUUGUCUUUUUAACUUACUGAAGUGUCACUGGGCUGGCAGCAAUUUCCCAACUGAUCUCCAAAAGUGAAGCAUUUGUUUCUAAGGAAUAGCAUCUUCUGCUUUUAGAAUAAGAAACCAUGUCAAAUUAUCUGUCUCUGGUAAAUCAUGGAUUUUGACAUUUCUGUGGAGAGAAUUUCUCAGGCUUUCCCUUUUUAAAAGUACUGGACUUGACAGGAGGGUUCUGCGUUUGGGAUCCUGUUCCUGGAGGAAACCCAGAGUUGGAUUCCUCUUUAGGCUUCUGUCACCCUUCUUGCCCUCUGUGGUCUUAAAUAUGGUGCUAAAGGUUGCAUGCAUGCCUCCUUAUCUUGUUUGUUUUGUUUAUAUUUUACUGUUGAAGAUUUUAUUUUUUACUCCAGAUAAAGAAUUGAGUUAGGGCUUUUGUGGUCUUUCUGGGAAGCACUAACCUGAAAUAAGAUUAAAUAAUUGUUUGUAGUGUAUGUUGCCAUAUUAAAUAUAUUAUUAGAUAGAUAGAUAUGGAUACAUAGGUAUUUAUAUACGCAUACAUACAAAUGAUCAAGACAUAAAGAGGGAGAAAAAUUAUGGAUGAUGUCCCCUGAUUGAACCAUUUGUAAUAAACACUUUAAGACCCUAUUUCUUGCCUGGCUGAGAUCUGAUACAAUAGAAUUGUCAAUACUCUUCAAAAUAAUUUCUCUAGCUACAGGAAGCUUGGUGUCCUAUAAUUUUAAGAACUUGGCAGUGGAGCUCCAUUCAGUACUUCACGUUUCUUCAUUUGGCUUCUGAUUAUUGAAGCAUUUCUUGAACUAGGGGGUCCUGUGGGAAAUGUUCAGAGUAGGUUUUGUCAGGAUUUUAAUUUAAGGUUUCAAGAAAAGGAAGGCAGGAAAUUCAAAGUGUUACCAGAUAGAACUCAGGCCUUCCUUUGUCCAGGCUUAUCAGAGAUAAUAGAUCUGUUCUGGGGAGGUGAAUGAAUGAAUGUGCAGUUUUAUCAGGUAGCAGUUAGAGAUAAAUAUGAUAAUGCUGCCCUUUCUGUCUCUCAGGCUGUUCCCAUGGAAACCUUCAGAGCCAAACAAAAACUACCAGUCAUUUAGCCAUUUAGCCAAAGCUUACCUUGGCUCAAAGACCUGUAUUUCUUUAAGAAAAACUGCUUUCAUACUUUUGGCUAUGAGGGCAAGGGCUCUUGAACAUACCCUAGCUUAUAGAACACUUUUCCCUUCCCCGAAUGUUUCUCUUGAAAAAUUAAAACUUCUUAAAAUCCCUUGUUUGUGAUCUGUCCCCUGAACAUUUCUCAGAUCUUCAGGUAGUAUCCCCAGUCCUGUCCCAAUGUAGCAUCUCUGGGGUCAUUUCAUAGAAUGUAACGUCACAUAAAGAGAAUGAAUUUGUCCCACAUGUUUUCAUAAUGGACAUGAAUGUGUAGAACCCUAAGGUAUACCAUAUUUAAUGCAAAGUCAUGGGAAAUGGGGCUUUGUAAAAAUAUAGGAAAUAUUUUAAAACCUGUAAGUUCACACAUUAUUAUAUAAUAAUUAAGUAUGAGCUACUUCAGUAUAUCCUGGAUAAAUUAUUUUAGAAACAUAAUGGUGACUUAAUUUGGUGGCCAAACUGGAUUACUUUGAAUAUUCCAGGUUAUGGUGUCAUCAUUAAGGAAUUAAAGUAGGUCAAAAUUUAAUCAGAGUUGGUAUCUCUAAAGCUAGUUUUCAAGAGGAGGGAAAUUGCACUUGCUAAUAUUUUCCUUAUCAAAUACCUUCAUAUAUAAUUAAUCUCACGUUUUUG